AUGGCAAUCUGCCUCGGAGGCCGGCAGAUGGUGCUGGAGAGAGACCUGCACCACCUGGCCUGGAUCCUUGUAGACCUGAAGAAGAGGCAGUUCAGGCACCUGGGCGUCAUGGCCUGCGUCAUCGACGCCUUCGUCUUGCCCUGCCUGAAGCUCAAGAUGCGGCGAUGUUCCGUGGCAGCUGGCAGCUACCACACUUGCGCCAUCACCGUCGGAGGCCAGCUGAGCAUCUUCGGGGAUACCUUCCGGGAGUACACAGACUACGGGCAGCGCAGUGUGCCCUGCGGCCUCGGCCGCGUCUUGUCCGUUUCAGCGGGAAACUGCCACACCUGCGCUGUCAAAGCUAACGGCGAGCUGGUGUGCUUUGGCCACGACUAUGCCGGACAGUGCCGCAGUCCUUCGGACCUUGGCCCUGUGCUGGCGGUGUCCGCAGGCAGGGACCAUACCUGCGCCAUCCGCGUGGGUGGGGAGCUUGUCUGCUUUGGAGGCAACCGAUAUGGCCAGUGUGACAUCCCACCGAAUCUGGGACCUGUGGUCGCUGUGGCUGCAGGGAUGCAUCACACCUGUGCCAUUAAGGCCGAUGGGCAGUUGGUGUGUUUCGGAGACAAUGAGUACGGUCAGUGUGGGGUUCCAGCCGAACUGCGUGGUGCUGUGGCCGUCGCAGCCGGAGCCUUUCAUACCUGUGUGAUUACGGCGGAUGGAUCGCUCUGGUGCUUUGGUCUCCGAGACGACGGUCAGUGCGAGGUCCCCAAGAAGCUUGGCCGUGCCAAGGCCGUGGCGGCCGGGGCUCUGCACACCUGUGUGUUGCUUAGCAGCGGCCGGCUCACAUGUUUUGGCAGCAACCUCUACGGCCAAUGUGCGGUGCCCCGAAACCUGGGCCCCGUCGUGGCGGUGGCUGCCGGCGAAUCCAUGACCUGUGCCGUGACGGAGGACUCUCGACUGGUCUGUUUCGGUCGCCACAAGCACGGCCAGUGCAACGUCCCCUCCGACCUUGGCCCAGUGCACGUUCGA